UAUGGCGUCUGGUCGAGAAUUGCGAGCUGCAGGUCUAGUCAUUUAUCGUUAUCUCAAAGCCAAAGGAUUGCCAGAGUAUUUGUUACUACAAACAUCUUAUGGCAAACAUCACUGGACGCCGCCCAAAGGACAUGUAGAUCCCGGCGAAUCCGACUACGAGACUGCACUUCGUGAAACGAAAGAAGAAGCUGGAUUCGGAGAGGACGAUUUGAAUAUGACUUCAGUAAAGAAAACACUUCAUUACGAAGUCCGUGGACGACCCAAGACUGUGAUUUAUUGGUUAGCAGAGCUUAAAGAUUACAAAAAGUCUGUAAAGUUGUCCGAUGAACACCAGGAUUACAAAUGGCUGACGUUUGAAUCAGCAUGCAACUUUAUUCAUGAUAAUAUGAGGGAUGCAUUGAAAGACAUAGACAAGGAGUUGCGUUUAAAGCUUGAAAGAAUAUAACCAAAACAUGGUAUUCAUUUUUGU